CCAUCAUCAUAGGAAACAUGCCACCCCCUUUCUGGUACCCUAAUUUCAUUUCAGUAGCUCUCUCUGUCUCUCACAACAAUAGAACAUUUUUCAUGGCUCUGGCUCUGGGUAUUCCUCAAAGCUUCUUAUGCAGGACAUCAAAUGGCUCAAAGAUCAAGCUGUGCUCAAAUAUUAGUGACGGCAAAACAAGCACAUCCCAAACCCAAACGAAGAAGCGGUGCUUGAGGUGCAACACCCUCUACACAGACAAAGACAAUUCCCCUACUGCUUGCUCCUUUCAUGGCCACACCACUGGAGAGAAGGGAUUAUUUGCAAUGGCCCCACCACACCAAGGGAUUGAUGGAGAGUGGAGUGAUAGGUCUGGAGUGAUUGUGUACAGAUGGAAUGAGAAGAGCAAGAGACCAGACACUGGAAGUGGGAAUUGGAAGAAGAGAUGGAGCUGUUGUCAAGAGUAUGAUGAAAAUGCCACACCUUGUCAAAGGGGAUGCCAUGUUUCCUAUGAUGAUGGCUUCACUUUGUAUUAGUUA